UAUAUCGAACCAUGGUUGUACCGGUUUUAAAACUGUUUUCGGUGAACUUUAGUUUUUUUUUAACGUAAAUUUUUAUUUACGAAGAAUAUGUUUCAUAUUUCAAGGUCCUACCUUCGAUGGCAGGGUUUCUUAACGUGGGGUCCACGGACCCCUUAAGGGUCCUUCGUAAUUUAUCAAGGAUCUACAGUAGGUCAGUUACCUUCUGUAAACGUACUUAUUAGGAAAUAUUGUAGUAAACUUGACGAGGCCUAAAGUGUAAUGAAACUAAUAAUAAAAGUAAAUUUUUCCUAAAAUACUUUUUUUACCAGGGUCCGUGGAAUAGUUUAAAUUGCGAAAAUGGUCCGUGUCUGCAAAAAUUUAAGAAACCCUGUUCCAUGGGUUUGGCUGUGUGUUUUCAAUCAGUAUUUAAAAAACGCAAUGGUUUUAAAUUAUUUAGAUUUGGUUCUAUUCACCCCGUUAUUGUUUGUUAUAGUUUUUACAAACAAUAAACAUUGCGAAACACUUCAUCAAUUAAAUUGCUCAAUCUUGCUCUACAUUAACGCACCGACGAUUCAAGGAUGUCACAUUUUUUACACACCAGAUAUCCAUUCAACCAGAAAAAGGUCAUUUGGCAGCCUAGUGCACUAAAAUUGGUUUGUUAUUCUGUCUCUGAACAUCACUGAAACAGGUCGCUUUGAAAAAUGUCGAAAUUCACGGGAAAUAUUGUUUUUAUUUACAGUUGUGUGGUUACCCUAGUGGUAGGGGUGUACAUUGCCAAAGAAGAAUGUCCUCCAAACGAGGAAUAUCUCCUCUGCGGCACUGCCUGCCCCUUCAACUGCUCAAACCCUGGGCCGGUUCCUGUCACCUGUUCUGAUGACUGCAUCGAGGGCUGCUUCUGCAAGUCUGGCUUCCUGAGGAACGAUACUGGAGUGUGUGUUAACGCUGAUGAGUGCAUUGGAGAAACCAAUCCAAUCUGCUCAGCCAACGAAGAGUUCCUCGCUUGCGGCACAGCCUGCGCGCGCACCUGCACCGACCCUGAGCCCUUGAACUGUGGUCUAGUCACUCUAGCCUGCAGUAUGGGGUGCUUCUGCAAGUCAGGAUACGUCAGGGAUCAGAAGACGAACAAAUGUGUGACGUUGGACAAAUGUCCAGUUUCCCCUGUUGGUAAGUAG